UUCUUGGUCUUGCAGCUUUGACAUCUUGAGUGUCAUGCAUCAUGUACAUUUCACAUUUUUGGAUAUUUUUUGGUGCUUUGGUGUCUUCAAAUGCUCUGGACCAGUGGAAUACAAGAUGUAUAGAUGUCACCGUCAACGCCUCUCUGAAAUCUGAAGUCUUUCUCCCAUGUCACUUCAAUAUAAACCAUUACAAUGGAACACUGACAGUGAAUUGGAGCCACUCUUCCGCUACUGACCGUCUUGUAACGAUCAUGACUGAUGGCAAAAUCAUCUUUCAUAAUCCUAGUGAAGGACGAGUGAAUGUUUUUCCCCUUCUGUCUAAACAUGGAAACUUCUCCAUCUUCAUCCAUGACCUGCAGUCUUCAGACAUUGGCACCUACUUCUGUGAGCUGAACAGUGAAUGCUGGAGGGUGACGAUCAUUAAACGAUUCAGUGAGUCAAACCCCUGGUUCUACUUUGCAGCUGGAGCUGGAUUAUUUAUUCUCCUUUUUAUUGCAUUCAGCCUGUUGUCAAAGUUCUGUGAAAAGUGUGUAAAUACAUCAUCCAAAUCGAAUCCAGUUAAUGGAGUACAGCGUGAAGGUGCUAAUUCCCCCGAAGAAACACAGAAUACAGAAAGCAGUGAGCAUAGAAACAAAAACAGGAGAGGUGUGAUGAGGGGCCCUACAACUGUUUAUGAAAAUGACAUACACGCUCCAAAUCAAAGUUCUGCUGUGCAGCUGGGGCAACAUCCUCAGAGAGCCUUCAGAGCCAAUCCCGACCCAACAAAAAGUCAUGCUUUGGAUGCAAAACCAUACUACGUCAACCAGGCAGAGCUCUCCAUUUCAGUAAAUGAAGGCAAAAAACGGAAAAAACUAAAAUGUAACUACUUUUCAUUGUUCUGCAUUAAAUGUCAUUUUAUUUUGUAUAUGAAAGAAUGUUUAUUACAUGGCACAUUUUCAAACAAUUUACUGUAGCUAAAAGUGUAAUUAUACUGUUUUCUUUCAUUUAUCUGACAGAUUAUCAGUUUAAUAAUCCAAUAUAAGUGAGACUUUGACAGCAGAAUCCAGUUCCACAGAAUCCAUGUUUCAGUCUGCAUAACAUAAUUGUUAAUUAUAAACAGUUCAACAUCUCAAUAAAUUCUUAUGUU